AAGCCCAAGCCUAAGCCCAAGCCUAAGCCUAAGCCUAAGCCCAAGCCUAAGCCUAAGGCCAAUAUAAAAAGUGUGGCAAAUAAUAACUCUAACUGAAGAUCUCUAAAUUCAAUAAACAUCAUAAUGUUUUAAUAAAUCCAAUGCUCCAAACUCGUAAUCUACUCUCUUCUAUGUAGCGCUCUCUCUUUGUUAACCUGCUCAUUCACGCUAUCAAAUUCAAUGUGUUAUUUUUUUCGCAUGAUAGGCCUUGCGCAUCGGUGUAUUUAAGGGCACAAAUCUCAAACCCUCUUGAGAUCUGAAAGUGUCCCUCUCCAGGGAUUCGAUGAGUGGUGCUUUUGCAUCUAGUGGCAUACGGGCAGCUUUUUCCUACUGUGUACAACAAGUACGGAAUUAUGACUACCAUCACUACCUCUGUCUUCUUGAACUUCCUGCAAACAUGCGGAAGGCUGCAUUUGCACUUCGUGCUUUUAAUGUUGAGACUGCUAGAGCCAUGGAUGUUGCUUCUGACCCCAAAAUUGGCCUUAUGCGCCUGCUCUGGUGGCAAGAAGCCAUAGACAAUAUCUUUGCCAACAAGUUAAUUGAGCACCCAACAGCUCAGGCCCUUGCAUCUGUGAUAUCUGAGCAUACAAUUAGCAAGAGCUGGCUGAAAAGAUCUGUUGAGGCUCGGAUCAAUGAUGCCAGAAGAGAGGUUACUGAUAUUCCUGAAACUGUAGAAGAGUUGGAGAAAUAUGCUGAGGACACUGUGUCAACUCUUUUGUACACAACACUUCAAGCUGGUGGUAUCAGGUCCACUGCGGCAGAUCAUGCAGCGUCCCAUAUUGGUAAAGCAAGUGGCCUUCUUUUGCUGCUCAAGUCACUGCCAUACCACGCUAGCCGCAACUUUAUGUUUUCUUAUAUACCAUCUGAGGUGGCAGCCAAACAUGGGCUGUUGGUUCAGCAGGGAGGGAGGUCAGAGAUCUGUUUGGAUUCUCGUGAGGGGCUGCGUGAUGCCGUUUUUGAGAUUGCAUCUGUAGCCAAUGCGCAUCUGCAGAAGGCUCGUGAAUUCGCUGGAACAGUGCCUGCAGAAGCUUGCCCUGUGCUUCUGCCAGCUGUGCCUGCUCAGCUUACUUUGGAUUCUUUGAGUCGUGUGCAGUUUGAUGUGUUUGAUCCAAGACUGACUAGAGGAAUUUUGGGUAUUCCUCCUUUGUGGUUCCAGUUAAAGCUAAAAUGGCAUUCAUGGAGGGGAAAAUACUGAAAAUUUCUUAUAUCUUUUGCCAAUUGGUUGGAAAUGUUGCUUCUAGAGGAUAAGAAGUUAGACUUGAAGAGACUUCAUAAUCUCAUUCUUAAGAAUAAAGGGGCUGUCGUCCUCAACAAACACUAAGCAGAUUCUUUUAAUGUCGACCUCCUAUCAUUCUUUUUAUGACAUUAGCGUGAUAGUUUUGUAAGGAAGAAAUGGAAGUGGGAGUGUGAACUCAGGAAACCUGCUGGUGGACGCAAUUCCACAAGCAGUAAGGACCAGUGUCCAAGCUGACAUUGAAGACCCCCGGUGAAGCAUAGGCUAGGAACUUAGUUUGCUUAGCUUUAUUUGUAUUUAGUUUUCUCUAUCUCUGUACCUCUGUACUUAUUUUUUGCUCAGCAAAAAAAAGAAAAAGAAAACCAAUCUCUGAAAUCAAAAUUACAAGAAACAAAUGAUGAAAAUAAGAUACUUCAGUGGUUGGUUACAUCUCUGAAAUCAAAAUUAAGUUUUAUGGUCAUUGCAUCUAUGUAUGAAGAGACCUCCUGUGAAGCUGUUUGUGUUUGUAGGAUAUCGUGGUUAAGACCUGGUACUAUGGGUAUAAGAUGUGGCUGAAAAUACCCCAAAAUGGGUGUAGAAUCAACUCGCAGAAAUGCCCUGUCAAAGAAGGGCUUGCUAGAACUCUGAAGAAAGGGUUGUGCUUCAGGAAAAAUAUAUUCCAUUAUGCAGAUGUGUAGAACAAAAUAACAAG